CUUUAGUUUAAUAUUGUUUACAAAUGUUUUAAUAGGGAAUAAUAGGAUUUUCAUAUAUUUUGACCCUGUGAAUUCCUAAUUGUUACAGCCUUUCUUUAUAAUAACUUUGGGUUGGCCAGAUGCGUUGACACAGACAGUGAUUGAAUCAUGAAGUUUAAGACGGUUUUGGAGGGGGAACAGGCUAUUAUAUAUAACCACCUUGGAGUGGGGCGGCUAGUUGUCGGACCAGCAAGAGUAUUUUUGUUUCGAGAGCGCUUGCAGAAGCUGAAACGCUACACAGCCUCGCAGAAUGAAUACUUGAAGAUUCGCGAUUUGGACGGUGUUGUCACUCACAAGGCAGGACCCUGUGAGAUUUUCUUCAACCCAAUGUUGUAUGAGAAUAUAUCAGUGAAUGACACUCUAAGCUUAGAUUCCAAUCACAUGAUCGUUGUAUACAAGCGUCUAAAGGAUGGUGAUGUGCAGCGAAGGAUAAUUCAAGGUCCGACUGUGUUUAUGCCUGAAGCAGAGGAAUGGUUACACGAGUUCAAGUGGCAUGGAUCUGAUCCUGACAACCAGGCCCGCAUGAUCCCUGGACAGAACAAGUUCACCCAGCUAGCCACCAUCCCGGAACAAUUCUACUACAAUGUUCGGGAUGUCAGGACAAAUGACGACACGAUGAUCACCGCCAAACUCAUGUUGUUCUACCAACUUAAAGAUAUUCUCAAAAUGCUUGAUACGACACAUGAUCCCAUAGCUGAUAUGAUCAAUGCCAUGUGCUCAGAUAUCAUAUCCUUUGUUGGAAAACAAAGUUUUGUCCAGUUCCUGAGUGCAUCUCACAAGCUCAAUGAGCUGUCUUCCUUUCCCCAACUUGAGCAGUGGGCAGAACGGAUUGGCUUCCAACUCCAGAAGAUUGUGUUCCGAGGCUACCACUCCAGUGACCAACUCCAGGCAAUGCAGAACAACGCAAUCGAGUCACGGACCCAGCUGCGUCUCAACACGGAGAUUGAAGAACAGAAGCAGGUGCUCGCUGAUCUCAAGGUCAAGAAGGAGCAGGAGCGGACAAAAAUGAAGCAGGAGAUGGAGCGUAGCAAGCAGGCCCACAAACAACGGAAGGAGGAAAUGAUACAGCAACACCAACUAAAUCUGCAAAAACUGCAGCAUGAUCAGCAACUACGUGUUAACAACCUCAUGACAAAGGCUAAAAUUGAGGUGAAAGGUGAGGAGGAUGGUCACACGAUCAAACACCUUACAGGGCUCAAAGACCUUGGUAUGGACCUGACUGCUUAUCUCACCUCCCAGCAGCCCCCACCCGUCAAUGAGGAGAUCCAGGUGGUAGAAGAGGGGCGUGUCACUCAUGCGUCGUAGAUUGCUGGACAAUGGUCAUAUAUAAUGUGUCUUAUUACAGUGGAGUGGUGAUUCUUCACACAUUUUUUAAUUGAAUUGGGGUCAUUGUACACAUAGGACUCAUUAAGUAGGAGUCUUUGCAUGAUGUGAUGGGGAUUCAUUAUGGUGACCUUGGAAAGAAUCAGAAGAGGUUAUAAAUGAGGACAGUGCUGCUGAUUACAUUAUAGAUGUCGCAGCUGUAAUACCAAAGUGUCCAAAUGCUUAUUUGGUAUUUUUAAGAUAUAACGCCAUAGUUUUUAGGAUUCAUUUGAAGCAUCACACUUUUGUUUUCAAUCAAUAACAUUUGUAGAGUCUUUAAACUUAGAGUGCAUAUUGGUCAAGGUCAUUAGAUGACACCUAUUGGUUUAGGGUCAAAAGUUCAAAGGUCGAGGUCAUGGUGAUAUUUACAAGAAAAAUUUAAGUGUUUCAGAUUAUUUGCUUUUGAACAAUUUUGUGUAGAGUAUUUAAACUUGGUAUGCACAUUGGUAGAGGUCAGUCUAUUACCCAUAUUUAUUUUGGGGUCAAAACGUCAAGCUCAUGGUGGCAUUUACUAAAAUAUAUGGCUCUUUCAUUUCUGUUUAAGAGCUUUUGAAUGACUUGGUGCAGAGCAGAGUCUUCAAACUUGGUAUGCACAUUGGUGAUGGUCAGUAGAUGAUCAAGAUUGCUUUUAGGGUCAAUAGAUUAAAAGUCAAGGUCAUGGUGACUUUACUAGAAAAAUUAUGUGUCACAUUCUGGUUCCCAGUGUUUUAGUGUUUUGUGUAUGCUACUUACAUGUUUAUUUCUUAAUAUUUUCUAUAAUUUAAGUGCAAUAGUGUUAAUAAUGAACAUUAUUAACUGCUGGCUAGUGAACCAACCCAUUGGUAAUUGAUAUCACACACAGUUGAGUGUCUCAUGUGACUGUUUUAUUUACUGGAUAAGUACAUUUGGCAUUAAGACCUUAUUAUAUUUAUAGAUUUUAGACUCCUAAGAAAUCAAAUGUACGUUCAGUGAAAAAUUAUUGUGUAGAAGAAAAAAAAAUUGUCAGUUUCUUACUAUUAAAUUUUAUUCAGCCAAGUGAAUUUUUAAUGUAUGUUCAUUUCUGUUUCUUAUUUUUUUUAAUUUAUAAGAUUUUGUAUUUUGAGUACUGUUUAUAUAACUCGAACUGGAGCAAUUUUGUAAAUCUAAUUUGGAUGGGUUUUUAACCCUCUGACUGUGUUGUUAGAAUCAGAUUAUUAUCAGUAUAAUAAGCCUGACGCCGAACCACCUUGCUAUACACAUUUGUAACAGUUGAACCAAUUGAGAGACUUACAAGUCAUAUUAAUUGUUUACCUAGUUUUAUCUUGUGAUUACUGGCUUUAUUGCAAUAUUUGACUAAAUGUUGUUGAAUUGUUUGUAUUUAUUUGUACACAAUUUUGAUAAAAACUAUAUACAUCUUUACUCAUAUAAAGCAGGUUACUCUAUUUUGUGCUUGUUUCAUGUUCUUAACCAGGAAUUAUUCUGUGAUAGGUUUGUUAUAUAUUCACCCUAAUAAUAUUCUAUUAACAUGUAUUUUCACAUAUUUUGUUCAAAGCAUAUAAUAAGUCCAGGCGCGAUUUGUUUAAAAAUUGCAACACAUCUUAUUAUUUUGUACCUAGCAAGUGUUUUGUUCAAGCUGAGUAAACAUGGUUAUUGUAGAGAAAUUAUAAUCAAGCUCAUUAAUGUGUUAUUUUUAUGGCCUUCAGAGAUUUUGAAUUCUUAUAUCCUAUAUCAGGAUUGAGAUAUUUUUAACUUCAGACUAUUUUACAGUUGUAAAGACGGCUUUUUGGCGCGGACAUUUGCAUAUAAAAUGAUGGAAGUACCUUAAAAUGAGUAUAAAUGAUUUUGAAAACAAUUUCAAAAAGAUUCUAAGCCACUUUACCCUGCUUUGGGCAUGAAUCCCUCAUAAUCAGCAUACCGCGGCUCUUUCUUAGGAUUGACAAUUAUCAUCUGUUAGAAGCCCUAGGUUUUUCAAUCAUUUACAUUAAGAAUGGAAAUCAUAUAGCCUUUUAUCAGUGAGAAAUCCAGAAGGUAUUUUGUUUUGCUUUUGUUAUGCAUUUUUUCUGCUUUUCUGUGACAUAUUUUGUAUUUGUUAUCCAUAAUUCAAUAUCAUUUAUAAAUGUUUAAUUAAAACAUUUACGGGUUAUUGUAUUUUUGUAAUAAGCAUUUUACAGGUGUUUAAAUCAGAAGAUUUUCUUUUAAUUCACAUUUUCAUUUGAUUAUGAUAAUUUUGAAAUUAUGUUGAGAUAAUGACUCUUGAAAAUUAACCAUGAAGGUUUGAUGCAUGUGGUUUUAAAGUGUUAUGCAAAUAAUUGAGCAUUUUUUAAGCGUUUGACAAAUUGCUACAAUUAUCCUUAAAGUUUAUUUCAGCUGUAAACUUUUUGCCAUGAUUAUGUUUUAGAUCAGCCAUGUUUUUACUUGCAAUUGUAAAUUUAUCACUGUACAUUUUGUUUUACAAAAACGCAAUCUUUGUUUAUAUUUUUCUUUUUUUGUAUGGACAUCUUAUUUAUUGUUUAUCAAUUUUUAUAAAAUACUAUAUAACAUUGUAAUUAUAUAUAUAUUGUCAUGCUGAGUAAAAAAGCUUUGGACGAAUUAUUAUUGCUGUCUUUAGCACUGUUUGUCUUAUCUCUUAUCACAAAACGUCAAUGGAGAGAAUACGACCCCCAGUGAACGAGGGAUGAUCCAAUGGUAUUGCAACUAUAAAUUGAUCUUGUGUACCUGUUUGCUGUUCUAUGAAUGUUGUCAAAAUUACUUUGUUUAAUACACUA